CGCAUGCGCAGCACCCUUGCCCUGCUGCCGUUUCCUGCUCUCACCGGUAGCUGCCAUCUUUCCCCGGGGCGGAGGUUUCGCCGUACAGAGGGCUCCAGCUGUGUCGGUGUAAGGCUGCUCGCGGCUCUGUAAGUCGCCCUGUCGGUGGGCGUCACAUACCCUUCCAGCACUAGUUUGGACAGGAGAUAAUGGAUGGCGGCGCCUUAAAACCAGGAGCAGUAAAUGGCUUCAACAUGAAAUCUCAGCUUCAGGUUACAGUUUUAUCUGCUAAGUUGAAAGACAAUCGUAAAAACUGGUUUGGUCCCAGCCCAUAUGUGGAAGUGUCUGUAGAUGGACAAUCUAAGAAAACCGACACAAGGAACAAGACCCACAGCCCAAAAUGGAAACAGAACCUUACAGUAAUUGUUACCCCAUUUAGUGUAUUAAAUUUCCGAGUAUGGAGCCACCAGACGUUGAAAUCGGAUGCAUUGCUUGGCAGCGCUAUUCUUAACAUGCAGGAAACUCUACGAAGCAACAGCAUGAAGCUGGAGCAAGUGGUUGUGCACUUGGAGUUGUUAAGUGAUGGUGACACCGUAGGUGAAUUGUCCGUGUGCUUGGAUGGGAUGCAGGUAGAUCCAGACAUCUUAACAAAUGGCGAUUUAUCUUUAAAAACAGAUAAUUCCGUGUCACCAGGUGAAUCACGUUCAGAAAGUGGUGGUAUCAGCGAUGGGACAGGAUCCAUUGACAGCAGGACAUCUAAUGGCACAAGUUCACCUUCUCUGACCAAUGGAGGCUUCAAACCAAGCAGGCCUCCCAGACCAUCAAGACCACCUCCACCCACCCCACACAGGACUUCUAUCUCAGUUCCUGCCAACGUUUCUCUUUCUCCAAAUCCAGAAUCGGGCGAGAUGAGCACUGUAAACAUGCCUGCCAUCCCAAUGCCAGAUGCAAAUAUGCCAGCCUGCACCCCUCCAGUUUCCAGACAAAUUGCUCCCAUCAAUGUCGAUGGCCAACGAAUGGGACCAGUCGUCAACCAAGGAGCUCUCCCUCCUGGAUGGGAGCAGAGAGUGGAUCAACAAGGACGUGUCUACUUUGUGGAUCACGUGGCAAAAAGAACAACCUGGGACCGGCCUGAACCUCUUCCUCCAGGAUGGGAACGUCGGGUGGACCAAAUGAACAGAAUCUAUUAUGUAGAUCACAUAACUCGGACUACCACAUGGCAACGACCUACCCUGGAGUCUGUCCGUAACUAUGAACAGUGGCAGCUCCAGCGCAACCAACUACAAGGGGCCAUGCAACAGUUCAACCAGAGGUUCAUAUAUGGGAACCAGGACUUUUCAGGCCAGAACAAAGAAUAUGACCCAUUGGGACCAUUACCUGGUGGUUGGGAAAAGCGGACAGAUGCCAACGGCAGGGUCUAUUUUGUUAAUCACUCUACACGGACAACUCAGUGGGAAGAUCCUAGAAAUCAAGGACAACUGAAUGAGAAGCCUCUGCCAGAGGGUUGGGAGAUGCGCUUUACUGUGGAUGGCAUACCUUAUUUCGUAGAUCACAAUAGAAGAACCACCACUUACAUUGACCCAAGGACUGGAAAAUCUGCUCUAGAUAAUGGUCCACAAAUUGCAUACGUACGGGAUUUCAAGGCUAAGGUGCAGUACUUCAGAUUCUGGUGCCAGCAACUCUUCAUGCCGCAGCACAUCAAGAUCACCGUGUCCAGGAAAACCUUGUUUGAGGAUUCUUUCCAGCAGAUAAUGAGUUUUAAUCCACAAGAUCUAAGGAGAAGAUUGUGGUUAAUAAUUCCCGGAGAGGAGGGGUUGGAUUAUGGUGGAGUAGCAAGGGAGUGGUUUUUCCUCCUGUCCCAUGAAGUCCUCAAUCCAAUGUACUGCCUGUUUGAGUAUGCUGGAAAGGAUAACUACUGCCUCCAGAUCAACCCAGCAUCCUAUAUCAACCCCGACCACCUGCGCUACUUCCGCUUCAUCGGCCGCUUCAUCGCCAUGGCUCUUUUCCACGGCAAGUUCAUAGACACUGGAUUCUCUUUGCCGUUUUACAAACGCAUCUUAAAUAAACCUGUGGGACUGAAGGACCUGGAAUCAGUGGACCCAGAGUUUUACAGUUCUCUCAUCUGGAUCAAGGAUAACAACAUUGAGGAAUGCGGCCUAGAGAUGUUUUUCUCUGUGGACAAAGAGAUUCUGGGGGAAGUUUCAAGCCAGGAUCUGAAAGAAAAUGGGAGCAAUAUACAAGUGACGGAGGAGAACAAGGAAGAGUAUAUCAGACUUGUGGCAGAGUGGAGGCUGUCUCGGGGAGUAGAGGAGCAGACACAGGCUUUCUUUGAGGGCUUCAAUGAGAUUCUUCCCCAGCAAUAUUUGCAAUAUUUCGAUGCAAAGGAACUAGAGGUUCUACUAUGUGGAAUGCAAGAAAUAGACCUCAAUGACUGGCAACGAAGUACCAUAUACCGGCACUAUACCAGGACCAGCAAACAGAUUGUGUGGUUCUGGCAGUUUGUGAAAGACAUUGAUAAUGAGAAACGCAUGAGACUUCUUCAGUUUGUGACUGGGACUUGCCGGUUACCAGUUGGGGGCUUUGCUGACCUCAUGGGGAGUAACGGUCCCCAGAAAUUUUGCAUUGAGAAGGUUGGUAAAGAGAACUGGCUGCCCAGGAGUCAUACAUGCUUUAACCGUCUAGACCUCCCGCCUUACAAAAGCUACGAGCAGCUGAAGGAAAAAUUGCUAUUUGCAAUUGAGGAAACUGAAGGAUUCGGUCAGGAAUAGUGAAACACAUUCUGGACUCCGUGGACAGAAAAGAGUGCAAACACUGCUGAUCCCACACCCCACCACCUCCCCAUAUCAAUAGCUGCAAUCGUCUCCACAAAUGAAGUAUCAUUGUCUGUCUCUUCCCUGUAGUCUUUAAUCUUCCAGUGACUUUUACCCUUCUUUCAUGAGAGAGACCCGUCUGUUAGUUGUUUUUUUUCCUGUAGUCGCCGUUUUUUUUUGUGUGUGUGUAAAUGAAGGCCUGCGGAGGAAUCAUGCACCUUACCAGCCUACAGCUAAACACGCCCAGUUGUGUUUUGGAGAAAAACCCCAAACCUAUCUUAUGGCAACAAUGGAUUAAUGCCCUCAGUCAGUCUUCCAGCCUCACUGUUGGAAAGGCCUAUCAAUGCUGUAUCAGGACUCCUGUCUUACAGUGGCUCAAUACAUGUAACAUAGGCUGCAUUUGUUAGAUAGUGUUAUGCUGAAGGACACCACUGCCCAUUGAGCUGUAUAUAGCCAUAUUUAUUUAGCACUGAGGGUAGGUGUCCUGUGGCUUAGUACCAGAAGUAUGGCUGCUGCAUAUGUUCGAGUUGAUGUGUUUGGAAAAACAAUUGUACUUCUGAA